AUGCCUCUGCCUUUCCUCCUGGCAGCCUUGCUGGCCAACCUUAUCUUUCCUUCGCCCGUCUCCGCCCAGAACAUCAUCAGUCUCGUCGGCAGCGAUUGGACUCUGACCAACGACCCGCUCAAUGUCUCCGUCCCAGCAUCUCUCCCGUCCUACGCCCAGCUCGAUCUGUAUGCAGGUCAGGUCAUUGGCGAUCCCCUCUAUGGUUUGAACAACUUCAAUCUGCGUGAGUAGGCCAAUGCCCAGGCCCCCUUCCCAUUUCCAUCCAAACCCAUCUACUUACUCACCAUCUUCGUCGUUGGUAGGCUGGGUCGUCUGGCAGAAUUGGACGUACACUUCUGCACCCCUCAAAGCCCUCUCCUCCAAUGCCACCAGUACCUGGCUCCUCUUCAAUGGCCUCGACACUUUCACCUCCAUCUCCUUCUGCCGCCAACAUGUCGCGAGCACAAACAACCAAUUCAGACAGUACUGGUUCGACGUGUCACGACUACUCGCUUCAUGCAAAGAAGAAGAGGAUCGAAUCUUGAGCAUCAACUUCGGUUCCGCUGCCAAAAUCGCCGAUGACAUAGCCAACGAGCCUGGCCAGGAGACAUGGCCAUACGGAGUCAUGCAGCUCUAUCAGUUUCUCAACAGGUGGUUCGUCAGAAAGGAGCAGAGCGAUUUCGGAUGGGAUUGGGGUAAGAGCAGAGCCGUCUGAUGAAACCCGUCCACUCGCUGACUUUCUUUCUCCUGCAUGACAGGUCCCGCUUUCGUACCUGCAGGCCCGUGGCAACCAGCAUGGGUCGUGCAGUUGGCAGAGAACCAGAUCCAGGUCCGCAACAGUCUCGUCGACAUCUACAGGCAAGGCCAGCUGAACAACCUCCCGCCGGAUCAGGACCAGCCGUGGGUAGUAAACGCCAGCUUGGACUAUUUUGGGCCUAUGCCUUCCGGAGCUACGUUAAAUUACAAACUGACCACCCGAGACAACAGCACCACCAUCUCCAGUGGACCUCUCAAAGAUGUGAAUGCCACCGAUGCGAUGCUGGCCGGCUCCACAACGAUUCCAAGCAACGCGGUCGAACUCUGGUGGCCAGUUGGAAUGGGAGAGCAGAAUCUAUACUAUAUCACCAUCAACCUGGUCUCUGCUGCCCACCAGACACUUGCAACGGUCACGAAACGAGUCGGAUUCCGCACGAUUGUUCUGAAUGGUAAUCCUGUCUCGCAGGAGGAGAUGGCAAUGGGUAUCGCGCCAGGCAAUAACUGGCACUUCGAAAUCAAUGGACAGCCCUUCUAUGCCAAGGGAUCCAACUUCAUCCCUCCAGACGCUUUCUGGCCGCGCGUCACUUCCGAGAGGAUUACUAGGCUCUUCGACACGGCUAUUGCGGGUAACCAGAAUAUGCUUCGAGUUUGGGCCAGCGGCGCAUAUGGUCCUGACUUCAUGUACGACCUUGCUGAUGAGAAGGGCUUGCUGCUCUGGUCUGAAUUUGAGUUUGGUUGUGCUCUCUACCCCGUCCAUCCCGAAUUUCUGGACAACGUGCGUCAAGAAGCGGAAUACCAGGUUAGGAGGCUCAAUCACCACCCGUCAUUGACACUAUGGGCUGGUGGAAACGAGCUCGAGAACCUCGAACUUCCCAACGUACAUGCCGCCGCACCCGAAGAAUACCCUCGCUACCUCGCAGAAUACGAAACGCUCUUCCUGCACACUAUUUUACCUGCAGUGUACGGGAACAGCCGAAGCAUCAGUUACCAGCCCAGUUCUACGAGUAACGGAUGGCUGGUGCUGAACCACAGCGCACCGAUGCCGAUGAUCCAAAGGUACAACAACAAGACCGAAGGCGCCGUGUAUGGAGAAUCCGACUAGUAAGCGUUCUUAUCCAAACCCUCUUGAGACGUUGGUACCACUGAGGCUGAAAUCUUUAACAGCUACAACUACGAUCCGUCGUACCUCGGCAACACCAGUUCCUACCCCGUGGCACGUUUCUCGAACGAGUUUGGUUUUCAUUCUAGUAAGUCUUGUCACACCAUCACCGACACCGUUGCUUCUCGCGCUAAUCGACGUGCGUGUGUUACUCACAGUGCCCUCCCUCCAAUCCUGGCAGCAACAAAUCGCCCCACGAGACCUGCAUUUCAACUCCACAACCAUCCUCCUCCGAAACCAACACAAUCCCCCAGGAAACCUCAACACUUCCGACUUGGCCAACUCUUCCACGGGUCAAUACCAGAUGACCGCCGCCGUCCAACAAUGGCUCCCCAUCCCCAACAAGACCAACCCCAUCGCCAACUUUUCCGCCUGGUGCCACGCCACUCAAAUCUUCCAAGCCCAAUUCUACACCUCCCAGAUCGAAUUCUAUCGCCGCGGAUCCGGCCUGCCGAACAGAAAUCUAGGUUCUCUAUACUGGCAAUUAGAAGACAUCUGGGUCGCACCGACCUGGGCUGGAGUGGAAUACGAUGGCCGGUGGAAAGUCUUACAUUAUGCUGCGCAAGACCGGUAUGAACCCGUCAUUAUUGCGCCUUAUUUCAACCGGACGACGGGAAAUUUGACGGCUUGGGUGACGAGUGAUCUAUGGCAGGCUGCGCAGGGGAGAGCCGUCUUCACGUGGUAUGACUGGAAGGGCGACCGACUCUCCUCGCUCUCGAAUGCCACCUCGUCCGUGGAUUUCACCGUCGGCGGACUGAACAGCACCCGUGUGCUUCAGACUUUCACGAGCACCCUCUUACGGAAUCAGAAUCCCAACGAUGCUAUUCUGAGAAUGCAAUUCACCGCGCAAGGCCGUCUCCCCAACAGCAACACGACGCGCACCUUCCAGCACGAGAACUGGUUCACGCCGGGUUCCCUGGGCAAAGCCCGCCUCACAGAUCCCGGCUUACGACUUUCCUUCUCGGCGGAGACGCAGAAUUUCACCGUCAGUGCGGACGGCGGGAUCGCUGCGUACGUGUGGUUGGAUUACCCCUCGCCUGCCGUUGUGCAUUUCGAUUCGAAUGGGUUUUGGCUUGCCAAGGGGGAGAGCAGGGAGGUGGGAUAUACGGUUGUCAGUGAUGGGACGGGAGGGAAGUGGAGGGAGGGGGUCACGGUGGAAAGUUUGUGGGAUUUGACGUUGAGGGAGUAA